AUGUCCCAACCAAUCCAUGGCUCCAACGAACCAUUAGGGUCCGAUGUAGAUGGAAUGAACCAUUCAGAUUCGAUGAAUGCAACCGGCAAGAAAGCCGGUGAAAAGAAACGAGUAUCCCGUGCUGGAACUCGCAGUGUAUCGACUUUAAGCCCUGCCCAGCUAGCAAGGAAGAGGGCCAAUGAUCGUGAAGCGCAGCGGAACAUUAGAUUGAGAACCAAGGAGCAUAUUGAGAGAUUGGAGGCCCGUAUUGAAGAGCUUACCUGCGGUCGUGAAUCUGGUGGAGAGCUCGAAGAGGUGCGGAAGCGCAAUGAGGAAUUAGAGCGAGAAGUAAGACAAUUGACUGAAAGUCUGGCACAGUUGAGGGACGAUGAUAGUUCGAGUCCGGAUCGAUCUUCUAUGUUGAAUCUUGGACAAACUGCAAUUAUGCCUGGCUCGUCAGCACGAGAUGUCCGUCCAGCAAUGGCCUCAACUAGGUCUAUUAGCUCCGGAGCAGGGUGGUACCAACCACUACCUCUGAGAAACCCAUCUGGUACUAACAGGCACUCAUUCAGCAUGUCAUUCGGGCCUAUGGAUAUGGCAGCACCAAUAUCCGGGCCAGCUUCCACCAGUGCUUUGGAUGAGACUAAUCGAUUUUCAUAUUUUGAUCCAAUUUCUGCUGUAAAUUUCAAUGAUGUAGGCAACUGGGCUCCGAGAUCUAUUCCAUCAGAUAUCAUUCAAGAUUCUCGCCUAGCUACCCCGCAGCCGCGGUCUCUGGUACCACAAAGUCUUACAUCUCCAGUCAGACAAACAAUACCGCCCUCCUUGCCGCCAUUUCAGUCACUUCAGCCUUGGGCUCUACCCAUACUCAACACAUCGACCCCGACGUGUGGAGUUGACACAUAUUUAAUGAAUAUCAUAAAUGGACAAAAAGAACUCGCGAGACAGGGAGCACCCGAAGCUCAAAUUAUUGGACCUUCUCAACCUAGUAUGAAGGCGCUUAUCUACCCUGAUGACCCAAAUCAGACCCACGUGGUCUCUACAGUCAUUUCGAAUCUUCUUACAAACCUUGCCGUCAAAGGUCUCGCCGAACGUGCAGGCUGCCUCUAUCUAAUGUAUCACAUUUGCCAAUGGCAAAUCUAUCCCUCAUCGUCGACGUAUGGAAAUUUGACCGAUUGGACUUCACCUCGAACAUCCCAGCUCAUCACAGCUCAUCCUUUGUGGGCAGAUUCCAUAUUCUGGGGCAAACUGAAAGAUAGGGUAAUUGAAAAGCAAGAUAUUUAUGCCAACGAAGAUUUUCAGAAUGCAUAUAUACUUUGCAUCAAUGCGAAUUGGCCACGUCCGGAUCUGGAAGCAUUUAGGUUCGAAGGUGACGAUAUAUUUAUUACAGAAGAGUUUGAGAAUCACAUCAAAACUCUGUCAAACUGGAGCUUGGACGAAAGAUUUGCUGCUAGAUAUCCCGAACUAGCACCUUUGGUGAAAAUAUCUGGACUGGGGGAAAUAGGAUUGCAAGGACCCUACGUAUUUUAA